AGAAAAAGUUGUUGAUGGGUGAAGUGUCUCGCUCUAGUGGGGAAACUUCCCCACUGGGUUUGUUGACUUUAGCAUAAAACAUUCUCUUUCAGCAACCAAGGUAACAUUGUUUUCUUUUUUUCUUUUUAUAGCAAUUCUUCUCAACCGUGUGCAGCAAAACAACCAUGGAAAGCAAAAAUAAAUAUUUUCUUCUUUUCCUCAAACUUGUAUUGUUCUCGUGCUUUUCUUUCGAAGCUAAGACAAACACUACGAACCAAAAAUUGUCCCUUGGGGAUACGCUUGAUGCAGAGAAAUCCAUUACUAUUGGCGUAACUAUGGUCUCUUCCGGUGGAAUAUUUGAGAUGGGCUUCUUCACACUUGAUAAUCUAUCAAAUUAUUACAUCGGUAUAUGGUAUAAACAAAUAACCCCACAAACCAUAGUUUGGGUAGCAAAUAGGGAGACUCCUCUUUCGUUUUUAGAUAUGGAAUCCGCAGAGCUCAAAAUUAUGCAGGAUAACUUGGUGCUUCUCAACGGGAAUGAACUCUCAAUUUGGACGACAAAUAUUAACUCCAGCACGAAGAAACCUGUGGUUGCGAUUCUUCGUGAUGAUGGGAAUUUGAUUUUGAACCAUGGGUCCAAUUCACUGUGGCAAAGUUUUGAUCAUCCAAGCCACACAUUUUUGCCUGGUUCUAAAAUUGGCUACAACAGAAAAACUAAAACACAGCAAGCUCUUACUUCUUGGACCAACUCUGAAGAUCCUAGGCCAGGGCUCUUUUCCCUUGAGAUGGAGUCUAACGGUGAAUCCAUUGUUAGGUGGAACAAGACUGUAGAAUAUUGGUCAAGCGGACCUUGGAAUGGACACAGCUGGGGCACAGUACCUCUGAAAUCAAAUCCCAUGUACAAUUUCACGUUUAUAAAUAACACGAAUGAGGUAUAUUUUUCAUAUUAUAUUUUUAAUCCUUCGGUUAUGUCAAGAUUCAUAAUAGAUGUCACGGGGGAAAUUAAGCAGCUGACGUGGUUGAAUAGUACCAAGCAGUGGAAUAUGUUUUUCGCUCAACCAGUACAAUCAUGUGAUGUUUACGGUUAUUGCGGUGCAUAUGGUGCAUGCAAUGACAGCUCAAGUAUUCCCUUGUGUGAUUGUUUGCCUGGUUUCACUCCUAGAUCAAAGAAAGAUUGGGAUUUGAAUAGUUUCUCUUUUGGUUGUGAGAGAAAAACAAGUUUGAAUUGUGGUAAUGCUAGUGCAUCUAUUUUGGAGGAAGACAAGUACUGGAUGCAUUCUCAUAUGAGAAUACCAAUUGAUAAUAAUAUUUUAACCGUUGGUAGUGCACCAGAAUGUGAAUCCACUUGUUUGAAUAAUUGCUCUUGUACUGCUUAUGCUUUUGAGGACAACAAAUGUCUGACUUGGGAUGGAGACCUCUUCAACUUGCAACAACUCUCCGAAAAUGAUGCAAGUGGAAUUACAAUUUAUGUAAAACUAGCUGCUUCUGAAUUUUCAGCUCCCAAAGCAAUUGCAUACAAAACACAUAAAUCAAGAAGGCUAAAAGUUGCUAUUCCUACUACAAUUGCCACUACUAUUUUCCUAUGCAGCCUUAUCUGCCUAUUCUAUAAAACAAGGAGAGCAAGAAGUAGAGGAAAUCCACAUCUACGCAGCUGGUUGAACACUGAAAAGGGAGAAAAUGACUUAAUAGAUGAAGAGGAUGAGAAAGGCAUCGAAGUUCCAUUUUUUAGUUUGGAAAGCAUUCUAGCGGCAACAGAUAAUUUCUCAGAAGAAAAUAAGUUAGGACGCGGUGGUUUUGGCCUUGUUUAUAAGGGAAAAUUUCAGGGAGGACGAGAAAUUGCAAUCAAAAGGUUAUCAGCCCAGUCUAGUCAAGGUAUUAAUGAAUUCAAGAAUGAAGUAAUAUUAAUUGCAAGACUACAACAUCGAAAUCUCGUUAGACUUAUGGGUUACUGCGUCCAAGGAAAUGAAAAGAUCUUGCUCUAUGAAUAUAUGCCAAAUAAAAGCUUAGACACAUUCAUAUUUGAUGAAAGAAAUCAUGCGUUAAUAGAUUGGAAGAAGCGAUUUGAUAUCAUCUCGGGUAUUGCUCGAGGACUUCUUUAUUUGCACCACGAUUCAAGGUUGAGAGUCAUUCAUAGAGAUUUAAAAACAAGUAACAUAUUACUUGAUAAAGAGAUGAACCCCAAGAUUUCAGAUUUUGGCUUAGCAAGGAUUGUCCAAGGGAAUAUUACGGAAGCAAAUACAAAUAAAGUUGUUGGAACAUAUGGUUACAUGUCUCCAGAAUAUGCAUUAGAUGGAUUGUUCUCAAUCAAGUCAGAUGUUUUUAGUUUUGGUGUAAUUAUGCUUGAGAUCAUCUGUGGCAAGAGAAAUACAGGAUUUUAUCAGCGGGAAGAAGCGUUAAACCUCCUAGGUUAUGCAUGGAGAUUGUGGAAUGAAGGAAAUGCUAUGAGCUUAGUUGACGAUUCCUUACUUGAAUCAUGCAAUGAAGAAGAUGCAUUAAAAUGCAUUAAUAUUGCGCUCUUGUGUGUACAAGAAGAUGCCAAUAUUCGUCCAAGCAUGUCAGACGUAAUUAUAAUGCUUGGUAGUGAAAGCAUUUCCAUUCUAAAACCUAAUAAACCUGCUUUUACGGUAAGAACACGUGCUUAUAGCACAACAACUUUGCCCUCAAGUGAGUCAUACAUCAACUCCUACAAUGAGUUAACAGUUACCCUAGAAGAUGGCCGGUAACUUUGAUUUUAAAAGUUGAUUGAAUUUAUCCUAACUACUAGAGGGAGGACGCAUGUGAUCUACAUUGGCUCAAACAUAUUAGGUAUUUAAUUUUAAUUGAGAUGGUGAUGGUAAACAUGUAUUGAAAUCAAAAUAGAUUACCAUAAUCGUAAGAGCAUUUUAUAGUAUAUACAACAUAGUAUAUUAUGGCUCUUUUUUUUUUUACAGUAUGUGCUAAAAGCCUUAAAGAAACAACCAAUC